AUGAAAAAGGAGAAUGAACGACGUCUUGACGUCGUAUGUGAUGAAAAGGAAGCCAGAAUGCUCGAAGACGAACAACUGGCACUUCUGAUGCAGAACAAAGAAUUUCUUCGCUGGAUUCGACAUGAACAGCUUCCGUACAUUUCGUCCUCGUCUCGGCCAGCAAAAGUGCAUCGGAAAAGAAGUUCAGGCAAGGAACAUGCUUCGUUAGGAGCUUUGAAAGAAGGACAUCUAUGUUUUACAGGUCCACCCGUUCCAGAGGGGCCGGUGGUCGAUGAGUUGAUCAUCAACGCUGAGCCGGAUCUCAAAGAUCGACUGAAGAACGUAAGCAAAGUGUCCAAAGAACGCCUUCUACAACUUGCCGCCCGCUUUCGACGAAGCAAUUCAGCUCAUCUUAACGCUUUCUGA